AUGACGGUGGAGUUUCUCCCUGGGACGAUGGAGGCUCUCCCCGGGACAGCGGAGGCCAAGCACAGUAAUCAUGGCGAAGGUGUUCCCCAGGGCGGCGGAGGCCCAUCAAGGAACGAUCAGCUCCUGCGUCAGCUUACUGCUGUUGAGCCUCAGCAGCAACCAAAUCCAUGGGCGCAUCCCUGUCGAGCUCGGCAACAAGCUCACGCAUCUUCGGGGGCUCUUAUUGGCCAACAACAGCCUGACGGGCGCCAUCCCAGGAUCACUAGCCUAUCGGGUGUGCUUCCACAGUCCCUGUACAAUCUGUCAUCGCUGAAGAACUUCGGGGUAGAAUUCAACAUGCUGUCUGGAACUAUCCCUGCUGAUAUUGGCGACAGGUUCCCUGGCAUAGAAACCCUUAGCUUCUCUUACAACCGGUUCAGUGGAGCUAUCCCACCUUCGGUCUCCAACCUCUCUGCUCUCAUAGAACUUGGCCUCGCAGGAAAUGGAUUUAUUGGACAUGUGCCUCCUGCUCUGGGGAAGUUGCAAGGUCUCACUGUCCUGGACUUGGGUGACAACAGGCUACAAGCCAACGACAGUCAAGGGUGGGAGUUCAUCACUUCCCUGACGAACUGCAGCCAGCUUCAGAAUCUGAUUCUUGGCAACAACUCUUUCAGUGGUAAAGUGCCCGGUUCAAUCGCCAACCUAUCGACGACUCUCGAAACUCUUUAUCUGGGAGACAAUAGGAUUUCUGGAGCUAUUCCAUCGGACAUCGGCAAUUUGGUUGGUCGAGCGAUCCCGGAGAGCAUUGGUAGGCUAGAAAACUUGGUUGAGUUGGGCCUUUACAACACUAGCUUGUCAGGCCUCAUACCUCCAACACUAGGAAAUCUUACACAGCUGAACAGGCUUUAUGCAUACUAUGGCAAUCUAGAGGGGCCCAUUCCAAGGAGCCUGGGAAACUUGAAGAAUGUAUUUGUUUUUGAUCUGUCAACAAAUCGACUCAAUGGUUCAGUUCCCAAAGAGGUGCUAAAACUUCCUCAGCUUUCUUGGUACUUAGACUUAUCAUACAAUGCAUUGUCUGGGCCACUCCCAGUUGAAGUUGGUAGCUUGGCAAACCUUAACCAACUGAUUCUAUCAGCAAACCAGUUGUCAAGCAGCAUACCUGAUAGUAUUGGAAAUUGCAUUUCACUGGAACGGCUGCUGCUGGAUCAGAACUCAUUUGAGGGAAUCAUACCUCAAUCUCUGAAGAACUUAAAAGGUCUCGCCUUACUGAACCUGACCAUGAAUAAGCUGUCUGGUAGUAUUCCUGAUGCCCUUGCUAGUAUUGGCAACCUGCAACAGUUGUAUUUAGCACACAACAACUUUUCAGGUUUGAUUCCAGCAGUUCUACAGAACCUGACACUAUUGUCGAAAUUGGAUUUGUCCUUCAAUGAUCUCCAAGGUGAAGUGCCAAAAGGGGGUGUUUUUGCAAAUGCAACGUCCUUGUCGAUUCACGGAAAUGAUGAGCUUUGUGGCGGAGCGCCUCAACUACAUUUAGCUCCAUGCUCCAUGGCUGCUGUGGAUAACAAAAGACAAGUGUCAAGAUCCCUUAUGGCCACCCUAAUAUCAAUUGGCGCACUUGUAUUCUUAGGUAUACUAGUUGCUCUUAUUCAUUUGAUCCACAAGAGGUUCAGACAAAGAAAGGCAAGCCAACUCGUUUCCACACUAAUUGAUGAACAGUACGAAAGGGUUUCUUAUCAAGCAUUGUCAAAUGGAACUGGUGGUUUCUCAGAGGCUAAUUUGCUCGGACUAGGAAAUUAG